CUUUGGAAUCCGUUUACAUGAAGUCACCAGCACAGAACUUUAAAACACUAAUCAGCACCACCAUCAACCUACGAUCAGGCCGCAGUUUGAAGAAACUCUCUCACUAGGUUGUGGUCCCAUGGCUUCUCUUUCAACUUCUCUGCCAAAACCCAGUUUUCAACACCCAAAUACUAGCAUAAAUCUGCCUGAUCACUUGCAUAAUUCGUGUCUUGUACCGAGAAAUCUUUCAUUUCAAAGACUUGGGUUGAUUUCACAACAUGGGUUGUUUGGGAAAAUGAAGAUUGCUAGAUGCUCUCAUCAAGCUGAAGCUUUGGUUGAUUCUAAUACUCAAAUCUCUGAUGUUCCAAUCCUAACCUGCUCAGAGGCUUUUGAAAGGCUAAAGAAAAACCGAGAAAAUCAGAAAGGAAAGCAGCAAUUCUUGGCCAUGUACUCUAGCAUUUUUGGAGGAAUAACAACAGAUACAUCAGCCAUGGUGAUACCUUUGGAUGACCACAUGGUACACAGGGGACAUGGUGUCUUUGAUACUGCUGCAAUAGUAGAUGGGCACUUGUAUGAAUUUGACCAACACCUUGAUCGUAUAUUAAGGUCAGCGUCCUUGGCCAAAAUCAAUCUCCCUUUCGAUAGGGAAAAUAUAAGGCGAAUACUCAUACAAACAGUGAGUGCUUCAAAGUGCAAGACAGGAUCACUAAGGUACUGGCUCUCGGCAGGACCUGGUGAUUUCCAACUAUCUCCAUCUGACUGCCAUCAGCCAGCUCUUUAUGCCAUUGUAAUCCAAGAUCAGUCUCCACGUGAUUCAAGAGGCAUCAAGGUAGUAACUUCAUCAGUCCCAAUAAAACCCCCGCAAUUUGCCACCGUAAAAAGUGUAAAUUACCUUCCCAAUGCACUUUCAAAGAUGGAAGCAGAAGAGAAUGGUGCAUAUGCAUCUAUUUGGCUGGAUAAUGAUGGAUUCGUUGCUGAAGGUCCCAGCAUGAAUGUGGCAUUUGUUACCAAGGAAAAAGACCUUCUGAUGCCUGCCUUUGACAAAAUUUUGAGUGGGUGCACGGCUAAGAGAGUUUUGACACUAGCAGAGGGACUGGUAAAGGAGGGUAAACUCCAUGGAAUAAAGAUCGAUGAUGUGACUGUAGAGGAAGGAAAGAAAGCAGAUGAGAUGAUGCUUAUUGGCAGUGGAGUACUUGUUCGCCCUGUGGUGCAGUGGGACAAUCAGGUCAUUGGUGAUGGUAAGAAACUUCUCUGCAAUAAACUAUGCAUAGCCAACAUGGCUUUCAGAACCUUAUAAAAUUGAUCGAAAUUUUUGCUUGCUUCUCUUCAAUUCAUAGUACAAAGCAAGGGUACUAUCCAUUAAAUCAAUAGGAUGCCAUCCAUUGUGGGUGGCUCUUUAGCCGUGAUGAAAGUUGUGCAUGACUGUUUUCUUGUUGCUGAGUUUUCUUUUUGUAUGGCCGAAACCUUGGUGCAUCCACUGUACCAUAAAUCUUCCAUUGUAGGCCCCUUUCGAAGCUCACAAAAGCUAAAUUCACAGAAGCACAUGACUGGAAAACUUUGGUAAAUGAUUGUACUAUACUUUCUCCCUCUUUGCACUGCCUUGCCACUUAUUUUUCACUCCAAGUGCGCUGCAUUUCAUUCUGUCCCUUAUGCAAGCCAUUUUCCUAAAAUUUAUAUUUCGGGGGGAACCUUGUCAUAUUUGAAAACCAAUGCAGGUGGAAACUUAUCAUUUUCCUAAAAUUUAUAUUU